CCCCCCCCAAAAAAACCCUUUUCCUUCCUCCCUUCCGCCCGCCCAUCGCUGACAUCCUCCUCCGGUCGUCGUUGUCGUCGUACCCUCCCCCCCCACCCCCCCGCCGCCCGGGCUGCGCGGCCCCCGCCGCCUCUGCGAGCGCUGCGCACAUCGCCCAAGCCUGCAGCACCGAGCGAAUGUAUGAAAACAUGUCCACAAUGGUGUAUUUAAAGGAAGAGAAGUUGGAGAAGCUCACUCAAGAUGAAAUCAUCGCCAAAACUAAGCAAGUGAUCAAUGGACUAGAGGCACUGAAGAAUGAGCACAAUUCAAUUUUACAGAGCUUACUUGAAACACUGAAAUGUUUGAAGAAAGAUGACGAAACUAAUCUGGUUGAGGAAAAAUCAAACAUGAUUCGGAAGUCACUGGAAAUGCUGGAGCUUGGCCUUAGUGAAGCACAGGUAAUGAUGGCCUUGUCAAAUCACUUAAAUGCAGUGGAAUCGGAGAAGCAGAAAUUGCGUGCUCAGGUUCGUCGGCUAUGCCAGGAAAACCAGUGGCUACGGGAUGAACUAGCCAAUACACAACAGAAACUACAGAAAAGUGAGCAGUCUGUGGCUCAGCUGGAGGAAGAAAAGAAACAUCUAGAAUUCAUGAAUCAAUUAAAAAAAUAUGAUGAUGAUAUUUCACCAUCUGAGGAUAAGGAUACGGAUUCCACCAAAGAGCCUUUGGAUGACUUAUUUCCCAAUGAUGAAGAUGACCAAGGACAAGGAAUUCAACAGCAGCAUAGCAGUGCAGCAGCUGCUGCCCAGCAAGGUGGCUAUGAAAUUCCAGCAAGAUUAAGGACCCUUCAUAAUCUUGUCAUUCAGUAUGCUUCCCAAGGUAGAUAUGAGGUUGCUGUACCUCUCUGUAAACAAGCUCUUGAAGACCUAGAGAAGACUUCAGGUCAUGAUCAUCCUGAUGUUGCCACUAUGUUGAACAUACUUGCUUUAGUGUACAGAGACCAAAACAAAUACAAAGAUGCAGCGAAUCUCCUGAAUGAUGCCUUGGCUAUACGUGAGAAGACUUUGGGCAAAGAUCAUCCAGCGGUGGCAGCAACUCUAAACAAUCUUGCAGUACUUUAUGGUAAACGCGGAAAGUACAAAGAAGCUGAACCGUUGUGUAAGCGAGCUCUGGAAAUCAGGGAAAAGGUCCUGGGGAAGGAUCACCCUGAUGUUGCUAAACAAUUGAAUAACUUGGCUUUACUGUGCCAGAACCAGGGUAAAUAUGAGGAGGUUGAAUACUACUAUCAGAGGGCACUGGAAAUUUACCAGACCAAGCUGGGACCAGAUGAUCCAAAUGUUGCAAAAACAAAGAAUAACCUGGCAUCCUGCUAUCUAAAACAGGGCAAAUUUAAGCAAGCGGAAAAUUUGUACAAAGAGAUUCUUACUCGUGCUCAUGAACGGGAAUUUGGCUCUGUAGAUGAUGAAAAUAAACCUAUUUGGAUGCAUGCAGAAGAGAGGGAAGAAUGCAAAGGAAAGCAAAAAGAUGGCACAACUUUUGGAGAAUAUGGUGGCUGGUACAAAGCUUGCAAAGUUGACAGUCCAACAGUAACAACUACCUUAAAGAACCUUGGAGCGCUUUACAGACGACAGGGCAAGUUUGAAGCUGCUGAAACAUUAGAGGAGGCAGCAAUGAGAUCUCGUAAACAGGGUCUUGACAAUGUUCAUAAACAGAGAGUUGCUGAAGUGCUGAAUGACCCUGAGAGCAUAGAAAAAAGGCGAAGCCGAGAAAGCCUCAAUGUUGAUGUGGUAAAGUACGAGAGUGGUCCUGAUGGAGGCGAGGAAGUGAGUAUGAGCGUAGAAUGGAAUGGGGAUGGCACUGGAUCUUUAAAGCGCAGUGGUUCCUUUAGCAAACUUCGUGCUUCCAUUAGACGCAGCAGUGAGAAGCUGGUUAGAAAGCUGAAGGGAGGAAGUUCACGGGACAGUGAACCAAAGAAUCCAGGCAUGAAGCGUGCCAGUUCUCUGAAUGUUCUUAACAUGGGUGGCAAGGCUACUGAAGAUCAUUUUCAAGAACGAAAUAAUUGUCUGACAGACUCGAGAGCUCUGAGUGUCAGUCAUACUGAUUUGGCGCAUUGAGUCUUGGACAGAAGCUAGCUAAAAUUCCUUUGUGAAUAAAGAAGCACUGAGACCUUCAAAGCUUUGGUUCCUCAUCAUUAUGUAUAGGAACACCUAGUUUGUAAUUUUGUUGGGUUUUCUUCCAAUGGACUGCUGGUUUUACCUUUUCUAAAUAGGGUUGAUUUAAACACAGCAUUAGUGGGUGUUUUCCUCUGAAGGAAAAACUAUGUAGAUAUAUAUUGCUCAUUGCACUGCUCCCAUUCAUACUACUUACAUCGAUUUCUUUAAUAGAUUGGAAUAUUACAGCCGCCAAAAAAGUGUAAAAAUACAAACAUAUUUAAAGCAUACCAAAAUGUAUUUGAAAACGCUGGCAAAAUUAAAUGUGUAGCAGUAAAUAUAUACAGUGCUGGAAUGAGAAAAGGAUACAUUGAUGUGCAUUACUGUAUAAAUUCAAAUUAAGCAUACUGUAUUGGUGGGGCUUUCUUUUGCUCCACUGAUUACUGCAAUGUUAGAAACCUUAGCUGGCAAAGCAGCACUUAGGCACGGCUUACUUAACCACUAUAUUGAGCUAUUAAAUUUAUCAGAAGAGAUGGCUGGGGUUGCAUUAUAUAGAGAUAGCAUGAAUAGCAAUAUCUGUGACCAUGACUUUGAUACUUGCUGAUGUCUUAGGGCACAAUUAUCAAUGGAGAGAGGAUGGCUUGUGUUGAUAAGGAGAAAUGGAAAAUGUUUUGACCUUUACCUUGUACGGUUGAAGAAUACUGAAGUUUUGGACUGCAACUAUCCCAGAGCAGCUCCUGGUGCUCUUGGAGAAACAUAAAGCCUCAGGUUGACUUGCUUGUCCACUGGAAUUCACAGUCCCAUCCUGUUGCCAGAAGGGCCCCAACAUUUCCUUAUGCUGAUCCCAAAUCCUGCCUUUCUCCAUGAUAGCUGAUGAGAGCAGAAGCAGGCAGCUACACACUAGGCUGUUAACAUGGUGGAGUAGCUGCUGUGCAGAGGACCACUGAAAUCCUAGGGGCCCGAGGGGAAGCAUUAGAUGGUCAUAAACAUACUUACGGUUAAUAUAUAUGCUGCCUGUAUACAGGACUGCUGCUGGAACGAAAUACGUAUGUUUUAAGUUUUGUAUAGACACUAGUGUUUCCUUUUGCUUUUCUGUAAAACUUGUAAUUUUGUUCAUCUUUUGUAAAAGUUCUUAUUCAUGUGAAGUUGGAUGAGGAAGUAAAAUGAGUGUGUGUACAAAUGUAUUUGUGGUCAUAGCUGUGAGUUGGAAAAUGACAAAGGAAACUAACUUUGGGAAAAGCUGGAAUAUUCAUUCAAGCUAGUGCCAGCCGAAGGAGGCAAAACAAAGGAACAUAAGCAAGUUUUAGUAUUUGAAUAGGCUGUGAGGAGUCAUUAGAAUUAGUAUUUUGUAGAAGUCUUUGACUGAUUUUCAUUUGUUUUCAAGUUGGUUACAGUAACUGAUGCAAAAAGCUGUGUAUGUUAUGCACUUAACUGUUUCCAGGAGGUGUGUACCUGCUAGAAAGAGAGUUUAGAAACAGUGAGAUACAAUGCUGCUAAUGAGUAGGAGUUUUUAGCACAGAGUAAUGCAAUUCAUUAAUGAACUUGAGCAAGAACAGAUUGCUGCUCAGUUACCUUAACAAUAUGUACUUAUAUAAUGUAGACUCUUGAGUUUUAAUCUUUUUAUUAAGAGCUUUUAUAUUAAAAAUUACAUAAUAUAUAUACUUUUCCCCUUAAAGCAAGACGUGUUGUAUGCACUUGUUGGUGAAUCCGUUCUCCACCCAAAAGCAGAUUGAGCUGGCUCUGCAUGAGGAGCUGGACAUGGGCACAGCCCACUGAGCCAGGGCGAGCUGGGAAGUGACAGGGUUGUCUGUCCCUCUGGCUGUGAACACCCCUCGCAGUUGGCCCAUUCUACACCAGCAGGGAUGGUACUGCUGCUACUGUAGGAGUGUCUUGGUGGGCCUGGUCUGUGAGCUUAGCACUUCACUGGGAGACCCUUACAGGAGUCCAGCUCCCCAAACAGUCCACAGAACUAUAGGCAAAGCUUAUUUUGGUAAUAAGAAAGUACUUAAAUGGAAGAUUUUUUUCUACAUUGAUCUUUCCGCUUUGAAGGAAAAUUAUUUUUGCAGCCUCUAAGCCCCCAACAAACCAACUUGUGUAAAUAGCAAUAAAAUAUUUAACCAUGCCAAACUAUAAUGUGCAGGAAGUUUUAAAAGGCAAGACCCUAGCGGGUGAUGGUGGUAGUAAGGGAACUUUCUUGUUCAGGAUCUUACUGUUGGUGGCAUUUGUGCUUUUAAAUGUUUUAAUCCUUUAUAUAGUAAAAUGUGUUGGAAGAUUAAGUUGAGCUACUGCCUAUUAAAUGAUUCUUACAUUUAAAAGGUUAUUUUUUUUUUUUUCAGAGAAGAAACAAAUUUCAAGACUUCUCUAAUCCAUAAUCACCCAGAAUUAUAGCCAAGUCCUGAUAGUUAUGAGCCAGUGAGCUGUUUGAGAAGCACUUGUAAAGUACAAAAGCAAGCUUACUGGGUUUGAAUGGUGAAUGAGUUACUGUCGCGACAAUGUUUGUAUACAUUUAAAUUUCAGGUGGGCCUCUUAGUGUGCUUUAUGGAAGAUUUUCUUUCUGAAUUUCUCUGUACCAGUUGUAGCUGACAGUGCACAAAGUGCAGACCCAGAAUACCCAGUUGUGUUAGUCCUGAAUGUCUUCAGUACUGAACCAAAUCAACAGCUCUUACAAACCAGAAAACUAAAAAAGACCUUCAGUAUUGACAGGCAUCUUGUUAGUGUAGUGCUGAGGUUUAAAUCUCACAGUUUUGUAAGUGUGAAUUUCACUCAAACUGUGAUAAGGACUCCAGUUAGGCCACUUCAGCCAAGUUCUCCUAUGAGUGGUGGCUGGUGGUUCUGGGAUAUAGCAGUGGGGUGCUGGAGGAAUUGUGGGUGGAAUUGUCACUGAGGGAAAGAUGCCCAUGGGCCUUCUGUCUGUGUGGUGGUGUGCAGGUGUCUAGGAAUUCUGGCAGUAUUUGGUCUUGAGUUGAGAUCUUACUAAAUGCUAUUUGUAAAAUGUAACUUUCACGAUUUGCUCCUCUUUAGAAGGAAUGACUGGACUAUUGCUGUGAUGUUUGUGCUUGCAGUACUGUGGUGACAGAACAUAGCACUGAAACAACAGAAAAAAUAUUUAAUGCAUUCUCUAAAGAGUUUGAACCUUUUAUUAAAUGGCAUCCCCUUUUCUCCCAAGCCUUCCUGAAUGGUAGUAAAAUAAAAUGGGUUUAAGCUUGAGGAGUAUUUCUGCUUAAAUUGUACCAUUGAGUCUAGUAGUUUUGAAAAUGGUGUGAUUCUGUUGUACAUAAAUAGUAAAAGGGGCAUUUAGUACUGUGAUGAAAGUGUGUUUACAAAACCUGAUGAGUUCAAGUUACUUCACUUUUUGUUCUGCAGGUCGUGUAUCUUGUCUGAAAGCUGCUAAGAGAAUUGCAUUGUUGGUCAUGUUGGCCUGUACUGAGAGAAUAAAUGUUAAGAGAUGUGAUGCUGUGAA